GGCCAUUAUGAAUACAGCUAACUUUGUUUUUAUUUGUCUUUUCUUCAACUCUUAAAUAUUAGACCAAUGGACAAUUGAACAUGAUCACCACCUAUUUGUAAAUUUUCCCAUCCCAGAAUUUCGAAAAAAAUAAUACAAGGAAGAAAGAAAGUACUCACCCUCUAUUCAAUUCCCCAACUGAAAUUCUAAAUCACCAUUUGAGAUGGCAUCAUUUGCAGGCACCACCCAGAAGUGCACAGCUUGUGAAAAGAAAGUGUAUUGGGUGGAACAGCUUACUGCUGACAACAAGGUGUACCAUAAAUCGUGUUUCAGAUGCCACCACUGCAAGGGCACCCUCAAGCUGGGUAACUAUUGUUCCUUUGAGGGUGUCCUAUACUGUAAGCCCCAUUUUGAUCAACUGUUUAAGAUGACUGGAAGCUUGGACAAAAGUUUUGAAGGUAUUCCAAGAAUUGCCAGAGUUGAAAGAUCUGCUGAUCAGGUCCAAAACAACAAGGUUUCAAGAUUGUUUUCUGGAACUCAGGAAAAGUGUGUUGUUUGCAAGAAAACAGUGUACCCAAUUGAAAAGGUGGCUGUUGAUGGGAAAUCUUACCACAAGUCUUGUUUCAGAUGCACCCAUGGUGGUUGUGUAAUUAGCCCUUCAAAUUAUGUUGCCCAUGAACAUCUUCUCUAUUGCAGACAUCACCAUACUCAGCUCUUCAAGCAAAAGGGUAACUUCAGUCAAUUAGUGAAGCAUGAAAAUCUUCAACUCACCACUCAAAACACCACACAACAUCCAACUAAUGGCACUGCAACUUCACCUCAUGACUCUUCUUAGCUUUCACCAACUUCUAUUUCUUUCAUUGUUUAUGUUAUAAUACUUGAGUGCCAAGCUUGUAACCACAACUUUAAAUUUCUUUUGGAUUAUUUUUGUUAUUUUCACUUCAGAAGGAAUUCAUGUAUACUUUGCUCAAUCAUUUCAAUUAACCUCCUAUUGUUGCCCGUUUCGUGCAUA